AUGUACGUGCAGAACUACAAGCGGUAUGCCAGUUAUUUCAGGGCACCAUACAUCGAAGAUAUGACGUUCGAGUUCGAGAAAUGUCAGACAAUCGAGAUGAAACGAAGUAAAUUCGUCAUAGAAAUGAUGUUCGCCACACAGCAAGUGCUUGUCGAUCUAGCACGUAACAAAAAAUUUGCUCAACUCCACGGCGAUCUCGAAAAUGUGUUGCGAUCAUGUGACGAGAAUGCGUUGACAGGUGACUUGCAAGCAUGGUCGGCAGUCAACGGCAAGGACGCUCCCACGGAAUGGCCGUCAUUCAAAGACUAUACGGAAUCACUGCGGACGAUCGCCUCAAAAAGUGGAGGUUCGAACUCGAGUGGCGUCAUUCUCACCAAACAAAUCAUCAAAACCGACGAAAUCCCCGGUCCAGGGCCAACUAACAGCGUAUCGCCACCGCACAGCGACAACGGCAAGGUUGCUACACGUUCAUUAAAUGAGUUGAAUUGA